AGUGCGGGAGCAAGAUGGCUACUACCAAGCGAGUUCUGUACGUGGGUGGACUUGCAGAGGAGGUGGAUGACAAAGUUCUUCAUGCUGCUUUUAUCCCUUUUGGAGACAUCACAGAUAUCCAGAUUCCUCUGGAUUAUGAAACAGAAAAGCACCGAGGAUUUGCGUUUGUUGAAUUUGAGUUGGCAGAGGAUGCUGCAGCAGCUAUCGACAACAUGAAUGAAUCUGAGCUCUUUGGACGGACAAUUCGUGUCAAUUUGGCAAAACCCAUGAGGAUUAAGGAAGGCUCUUCCAGACCAGUUUGGUCCGAUGACGACUGGUUGAAGAAGUUUUCUGGGAAGACUCUUGAGGAAAAUAAAGAGGAAGAAGGGUCAGAGCCUCCCAAAGUGGAAACCCAGGAGGGAGAGCCCACUGUAAAAAAGGCCCGGUCAAACCCUCAGGUGUACAUGGACAUCAAGAUUGGGAACAAGCCAGCAGGCCGCAUCCAGAUGCUCCUGCGUUCAGACAUCGUUCCCAUGACAGCAGAGAAUUUCCGCUGCCUGUGCACCCACGAGAAGGGCUUUGGCUUCAAGGGCAGCAGCUUCCACCGCAUCAUCCCCCAGUUCAUGUGCCAGGGCGGCGAUUUCACCAACCACAAUGGCACUGGGGGCAAGUCCAUCUACGGGAAGAAGUUUGACGAUGAAAACUUUAUUCUCAAACACACGGGACCAGGCCUGCUCUCCAUGGCCAACUCUGGUCCAAACACCAACGGCUCCCAGUUCUUCCUGACGUGUGACAAGACGGAUUGGCUGGACGGCAAGCACGUGGUAUUUGGGGAGAUCACGGAAGGCCUGGAUGUCUUGCAGCAGAUUGAGGCCCAGGGCAGCAAGGACGGGAAGCCCAAGCAGAAGGUCAUCAUCUCCGACUGUGGGGAGUACAUGUGAGAGGGCAGCUGUCAGCCCGGGGGACCGGCAGCCAAGGUGUCCCGUUGGCAGCAAGCAGGGCUUUGUGUCCUGGCCCUUCCUUGGGGGCGGCGUGGGGCAGCUCCUCUGCAGGCACGGCCUGGGCCGCCUCUGGCUGUUCCCCAAGUGGGGCCGUGGGCCAGGGUGCUGCCCUCUGCACCGUGGAUGGCUGUGUGUGCUCUUUCCAGGCCAGGGCCUCUCCUGGGCCCACCUGUGUGUAUCCUAGACAUUUUCUUCUGGUAAAAUAAAUUCUAGUUUUUGUACUGCUGCCUCCAGCUAGUUCCUGGGAGUUGUCAGAGGUUGCAUCCAAAGCUAAACUGUCCCCCGAGACAGGUUGGUGAAGGAAUAGGAAAUAGCGUCUUCCUCACAGCUUUUCUUUCUUCCCUCGGGCAGUCCCCUGAGAUGUCGGGUGAUAUAUCUUCAAGCCAGAUACCCUUGUCAGACCAUUGUCAAGACCAUGGGAAUCAAAGACAGA